CGCCCUGUUUCCUGAUCCCCAGCCUUUCUGCGCCUUAUCAUUGGCUACGUGCACGUUAUGGGGGGAGGGAGGGGCGAGUAACUGCGCUAUUGAAAACAUGGAGAGCGGAAACAGCAGGAAGAGGCAGCAUGAGGUGGAAUCGGAGACGUCGGACUUAUCAGGAGAGGAAGAGGAAGAUAAAGAGGCGGUAGCGGAGGAGGAUGACGACGAUUAUGUGCCCUACGUGCCGGUUAAACAGCGCAAGCAGCAGAUGCUGCAAAAGCGACUGCAGAUGCGCCGCAAGGGGGUGUUGGAGGAGGAACAGAGGGACAGUGGCAGUGAAUAUCAUGGAGAUGAAGAUGACAUUCCUCUGGGUCCACAAUCAAAUGUCAGCCUCCUGGACCAGCACCAGCAUCUCAAGGAGAAGGCAGAAGCACGUAAAGAGUCGGCUAAAGAGAAGCAGCUGAAAGAAGAAGAGAAGAUUUUGGAGAGUGUGGCAGAAGGUCGGGCACUAAUGUCUGUAAAGGAAAUGGCAAAGGGUAUCACAUACGAUGAUCCUAUUAAAACCAGCUGGAAAGCUCCCCGGUAUAUCCUGGCUAUGUCAGAAGCACGGCACGAUCGUGUGCGCAAGAAAUACCACAUCCUGGUGGAGGGAGAAGGCAUCCCACCCCCUCUCAAGAGCUUUAAAGAGAUGAAAUUCCCACCAGCAAUCCUGCGAGGCCUCAAAAAGAAGGGGAUCCUGCAGCCAACACCCAUCCAGAUCCAAGGUAUUCCAACGAUCCUUUCUGGCAGAGACAUGAUUGGCAUUGCAUUCACUGGCUCUGGCAAGACUCUGGUGUUUACUCUCCCUGUUAUCAUGUUCUGUCUGGAGCAGGAGAAGAGGCUGCCAUUUUCCAAGAGAGAAGGGCCUUACGGGCUUAUCAUCUGCCCCUCAAGGGAGCUGGCUCGCCAGACUCACGGUAUUCUGGAGUACUACUGUCGCCUGCUGCAUGAGGAUGGGAUGCCUGCCCUGCGCUGUGCCCUAUGCAUUGGAGGCAUGUCUGUCAAGGAGCAGAUGGAGACCAUCAAACAUGGUGUUCACAUGAUGGUGGCAACGCCAGGCCGCCUGAUGGAUCUCUUGCAGAAGAAAAUGGUCAGCCUGGAUGUCUGCCGCUAUCUGGCACUGGAUGAAGCUGAUAGGAUGAUUGAUAUGGGCUUUGAGGGAGACAUCCGUACCAUCUUUUCCUACUUCAAGGGUCAGAGACAGACUCUUCUCUUCAGUGCCACCAUGCCCAAGAAGAUACAGAAUUUUGCUAAGAGUGCGCUUGUGAAGCCCAUCACAAUCAAUGUUGGACGUGCAGGAGCUGCCAGCUUGGAUGUUAUACAGGAAGUAGAAUAUGUGAAGGAGGAAGCCAAGAUGGUGUACCUGCUUGAAUGUCUACAAAAAACCCCACCGCCAGUUCUUAUCUUUGCUGAGAAGAAAGCUGAUGUAGAUGCAAUCCAUGAAUACUUACUACUCAAAGGAGUGGAGGCUGUGGCCAUUCAUGGUGGUAAAGACCAAGAAGAAAGGACUAAGGCCAUUGAGGCCUUCCGAGAUGGCAAGAAGGAUGUUCUGGUUGCCACUGAUGUUGCCUCCAAAGGCUUGGAUUUUCCAGCCAUCCAGCACGUCAUCAACUAUGACAUGCCAGAGGAAAUUGAAAAUUAUGUUCAUCGAAUUGGGCGUACAGGCCGCUCUGGGAAUACUGGCAUUGCCACCACAUUCAUCAACAAAGCCUGUGAUGAGUCGGUGCUCAUGGACUUGAAGGCGCUGCUGCUGGAGGCCAAGCAGAAGGUGCCACCUGUGCUGCAGGUGCUGCAUUGUGGAGAUGAAUCUAUGCUGGAUAUUGGAGGAGAGCGGGGCUGUGCCUUCUGUGGGGGCUUGGGCCAUCGCAUCACAGACUGCCCCAAGCUGGAAGCCAUGCAGACCAAGCAAGUCAGCAACAUUGGACGCAAGGACUACCUGGCACACAGCUCCAUGGACUUCUGAGUGCUUUUUACCAUUUAGCCAGCGACAGCCAAACAGAAGGACUUUAUUGUUCUUGGAAGGGCAACUUUGCUCAAAUGCUGUAGUAUAGUUUACUAGAGAGGCUAUUUACUGGUGGAGUGGAAAAGAGAAUCACUGGGGACCUACUUCCUUUUGUAAGCAGUUGCCGAUUCUGCCUUAAGUUGAAGUGCUGGAUAUGAUCACAGCCCUGUGUAUCAAACUGCCAUAGAGUGGGAUUGCAUGAUAGGAUGCUACAUUCUACUGUUCUGCAGCUUUUUGCUUUGGCAUAUAGAAACAAGUGUUGUCCUAUUCUUUUUAACAACUUGUGUCCUCCUAAACUGUUCAGCAUCUUAAUCUAGAAAAUGGUGGGACGGUGCUGCAAUACCCCAUUGCGUCAAUAAAUGGAGUCAUACAGGCAUUGUGCAAGCAUUGUGCCCCUAAGCAAGUGGCCCUGAAAUGGAGGUGGGAAGCAGGGGCUGAGUGGGUAGACUUCUGUCUGACUCCAAGAGCAGUUUCAUAAGUUUAUGUACACCCUCUCUGCUGUGAAAGUCAGCCCUUCUCUGCAUGAUACCACCUGGUUGUUUUCAGCCUCCUCUCUGUUGCUUCUUAUGCAAAAAAGGAGGGCAUGCUCAGUAAGUCAGAAGUCCUCUGGGAGUCACUCUCAACUGUCCUCAGCUUGCUGCGACUCCCUGUUUUGCAUGAAGGCCCCAAAAGAGGAAGUUAGCAGGGAGAGGAAGUCAACCAUGCUAUCAUAUAUACUGACUCAUUCCUGUGGCAGCCACAACCGCUCGUUGUCUGCAGCAGUCUGCUUCAUUGGGCUGCUGCCAGUUGGGAGCCUGCCCCAUGGAGUGCCCUGUGAAGGAUGGGAUUCUGUAUAUCCAACAUGUCAAAUUUGGGAAGGUAAAGAGGGGUGUGUAGAGGAGGGAAGGGCUGUGGGCAGGAAAUCCAGGGGCUUCUGUGAGUCCCUACGUAUUCAAGGGAGUGGUGUCAUAGUAGUAUCCUAGUGCUGGCUAUGGUGUCUCUAGGGCUUGAGCUCCUGAGUAGCAGUUGAAGCCCACAGUAGCUGUCAUGACUCCGGGUCUGUUUCUCACCUAUGUUAUUUUCCUCAGAUUACUGGAUUUUUUUGUUUAUAACCAAUGUUCUGUCAUCUGUGUGUGUAAAUAAAUUCAGUAUGUUAAAAUGG